AUGUCAAUCAGUAUUUUAUUCAAAAAUGAUUCUCCAACACGCGAUUUAAACACUUUAGAUCCAUCUUUUAUGUAUUCAAAAUUACUGAAAGAAAUUCUUGUAGAAAUCGAACAUGAUAAUCAUGCUAAAACGAAACUGGGUGACUUCUGUUAUGAUCAAUAUGGAGAUAAUUCACAGGAAUUGAAGAUUAUAGAUGAAUUUAAGAGAAAAUAUUCUCCUUCAUCUGCUAAAUGGUGGUAUACAAGAGAAUGUUUCACUAAUACUAUGUUGAAUAAGGCACUUCGUACUCAAGACAUUGAAAUAAUAACAAGAGUGGGAUUUUUUAUUCGAGAUCUUGAUCAACAAAUACAGGAAUUACAUGCUAAAAUAAAAUAUCAAGGUGUAUUGACUGUUUAUCGUGGCCAGGGUAUGCUGAAUAGUGAAUUGGAAAAAUAA